CGCGGCGGCGUGCGGGGACUACAUUUCCCAGCGACGGCGGCGCAAGGAGCGGAACCGGGAAGCGCGAAGAUGGCGGUGGAUAAGGAGCUGCUGGAGCGGGACCUCUACGGGCUGCUGGGCAUCGGCGAGAAGGCGUCCGAGAAGGAGGUGAAGACGGCGUUCCGGCAGAAGGCCCUCACCUGCCACCCGGACAAGAACCCCGACAACCCCCGGGCAGCGGAAAUUUUCCACCAGCUGUCCCAGGCCUUGGCCGUGCUCACAGAUGCAGCAGCCAGGGCAGCCUAUGACAGGGUGCGGAGGGCGAAGAAGGAGGCUGCAGCAAGGACACAGAAACUCGAUGAGAAGAGGAAGAAAGUAAAGCUUGAUCUUGAAGCCAGAGAACGGGAAGCCCAGUCCCAGGAGAACGAGGAGGAGGAGAUCAGGAUAACGAGAUCAUUAGAAGAAGAAAUAAUCCGCCUGCGGGAGGAGGGCUCCCGGCAGCUGGAGGAGCAGCAGAGGCUGGUCAGGGAGCAGAUCCGCCUGGAAAGGGAGCAGCACAGCCGAGGCAAGCAGGAAAGAAAUGGAGCAGAAGGCAAAAUAACACCUAAACUCAAGAUCAGGUGGAAAUGCAGGAAGGAAGAUGAGACUGGAGGGGGAUACUCCAAAGAUGUGCUGCUGCAGAUCCUGCAAAAGUAUGGUGAUGUGCUCAAUUUGUUGAUCUCCAGCAGGAAGACUGGGAGUGCAGUGGUGGAAUUUGCCACGGUGAAGGCAGCUGAAAUGGCUGUGAAGAAUGAAGUUGGCCUGCUAAAUAACCCCCUGAAGAUUUCCUGGCUGGAGGGCCAGCCCCAGAGCCGCCCCAGCACCGUCCUCCCUGACAGCACCGGCCAGCCCAGGAGCUCACAGGAAACAGCCCAAGCCUGCAGAGUUCUCAUGGCAACCCGCUCACUACUCAUCCUCUGCUCCCUGUCUGGGACAGGCAGCCAGUACUCCCUGCCUGGGAGAACCAGCCAGGACCUGAGAGCCAAAUUCCACAGGUGUCGGUGGUGUCGGAGCGGGACUACGAGAGCCUGGUGAUGAUGAGGAUGCGCCAGGCGGCCGAGAGGCAGCAGCUCAUCGAGCAGCUCCAGCGGGAAGACGAGGAGGAAAAGUCCCACACUUAGCAUGAGAGUAUGGAUUCUUCCCACCCCUCCGUCCCCUCAGAGCUGUUUCUUUAUUUAAGUCAAUAAACCUCUUUUUUUCUAAAGGUAUUGUGGGAAUAGGAACUCCAGGGACUGCAGCCCUUAUCCCUUCCCAGGUUUGGGGAAGGAAUGGCUGCCUGAGGUUCACAGAGUUCGGGUGUUACCCUGUCAGUGUGUGUGCCCAGAGCAGCUGCCCCAU